CGCAAUCGUCUCCGAAGCAAAUUCAUCGCGAAACCCAGCUUAUCUGACGAGCAUUCGUCAUUGCACUCCGCCCAAGAUCUCGUUGCUUGCCUUGGUUUCUUCCGCCUUCGCUGGGCAACCCUCACCGUCUAAAUCGCCCCGACAGACUCGCGCGAUAGAUCACAACUUAUAGCGAAUCACACACAGGACCGAGAAUUAAAGACACAGUGGAUGAAACCCUCGUAUUCAUUCGAUCUCCUCUAUCUUGUCUUAAUCUACUGGCAUGAUGGGAUCAUUAGAAGCUGAGCACAGGCACAGGGAGCACCUCCCCGUACUGGGAUUUCUCGGAAAAGACGGACCAAACUACAGCGCAAAACAUCCUUCCGCCGCCAUGGGCCCGACAUCUUCCCCGACACCACUUUUAAGUCCAACGUCCAUGUACCCGUCGCAAUCCCUACCCUAUUCUUUCUCCACAUCCGCCAACACAAGCUCAUUGCAAGGCGGAUACAUAUCACCGCCAGAUUCGCGGCGCGCAUUCGAGGAGGAGAAGGAAAAGCCGCCGCAAAGACAAUCGCUUCCGUCGAUCCAUGAGGCUUUGGGAAACGAUAAUCCAUUGCCCUAUCCUGCGCCCACUUCGGCUCCCCCACAACAGGCUCACCAUGCACCCCACCCUCCCCCCUUGUCGUCUAACGUUGCUGGGCGACCGGGCACAGAAGGGCCCCCUGGACCACCUAACCCGUUCUCAAACGGCGCCUCGUCCGGCACCUUCAUGCGCGAGUCAACGUUUCCCCACCAACCUCAGUUGCAAGCGGAGGCGUCGCGGUCGAGUUUGGCCUCAAUCAACACCCAGGACUCCAGAACCACAUCUCUACAGUCGCUAAGCUCGGGAAAGUCACCUACGCAGAGUGCGAAGACUGGUCUUACUUCUAUAUCCGGGUCCCAGACUGGUUCUGGCUAUGAGUACAGUGCACCUCCUUCUGCCGGCAGUGUGGCUUCUCCCAACGGAUAUGGCACUUUCUCGCAAUCCUUCCAGUUUCAGUCGCAACCUCCUCCGAAUGCGCCAUCAUACCCAUCCACUCCUUAUGAUACUCGACCUUAUGGCGGAACAGGCUGGAAACCAGGAAUGCCUGAUACCGGCCGUGCUGACGAAAUGAAGGGGGUGAUUCCAUCUCGCCCUCCAUUGACUGGGCAUCAUUACGGUGAACCCGUUAAGCGUCAUCUAGACAUUUACGACGUCGAGACCUCACUGAAUGAGAUAGCUGAUAUUAGCACUCGGGCUCUGGACUUUUCGCGUCACUAUGCAGCAAGGGCGCAUCAAACGCAGCGCUCUGGUCCAGUAACAGGGUCGUUGCCACUUCCGCACGAGAUUGAGGAGAUGCUCAAUCUACAACGCCGCAACCAAGAAGCUUUGCUUCGCAUACGAACUGCAGUGCUGAACGAACAUGCUUUGGCUGAGCAAAUGGCGCAAAGGAAAGUCUUCAAACCGAGUGGUGUUCAUGGCGAGGAUCACGUGGCAAUGUACCAAGAAGAUUUCAAGACCAAUGGUGGAUUCGCGGGACCUGAUUCGAAAAAAAGACGAGGGAAAGCUGCUCCCCCUGGGCGUUGCCAUAGCUGUAACCGAGCCGAAACACCCGAAUGGCGUCGUGGUCCGGACGGAGCGCGAACCCUGUGCAAUGCUUGCGGGUUGCACUACGCCAAACUGACGCGCAAGAUGGGCGCUAAUAAAGCUGCGUCCAUGGGUUCAAAUCUGAGGCCCAAGACCGCACUCGACACCUCGUCACCAAACAGUCAUUGAAGUUAUUAUCAGCUCAUCUAGCUCGGCGUUGGGACUGGCUUUGAAAUUAGAAGCAUCAGGCGUUUCGAGUCUCGGUUGCUCUUCUUCAUCACAUCCUCUUGAAUGGUUUUAUGUGGACUUUCUGCGGUUCGCUUCCAGGUUGGCUGGUUGCCAAAAUGUCCCAGCACAGGGACUUGCUUUGAUUUUCUCCGGAUGUUUCGUGGAUUUACUCUAAUACCCCCUGCACGACGAGUUAAGAGGCAUUUGGGAUAGACUUGUUGCUUUUUGUUCUUGUUUCCUGUUGUUUAUAUCCUUUCUAUUGCGGCUGGUCAUAAUCUGACGCUACAGGCUUUGCAUAUGCUUUGUUUCUGCUUC